AUGUCCUUUCCUACCGCCAUUCGCGCCGGCCUCCAAGGCUCAACACCGGCAUUCGGCUUCUGGCUCACGCUUCCCAGCUCUGGCCUCGCCAAGACGAUUCUACACGGUGCAUCCGGCUCCGCAACGCGAUUUAGCUGGGUGCUGGUUGAUGCGGAGCACGGAUUGAUCUCCGAUCAGCAUUAUUAUGAGUUGAACAAUGCCAUCGGACAUGAAAAUGCCAGCCCGAUUAUUCGUGUCCCGUGGGCAGAAGAAUGGAUGAUCAAGCGCGCUCUUGACUCUGGAGCUCAUGGAAUUAUGACCCCCAUGUGUCACUCGGAGGCAGAUGCAACCAAAAUCGUCAAAUAUACCCGCUACCCACCGCAAGGCACUCGUGGAUACGGUCCCAUGUUUGCAACCCACUCCCUUCCCGGAGUCAACCCGGGCCCCGAAUACGACGACCAAGCCAACGCAAGUCUAACGGUAUGCGUGCAAAUCGAGUCCCGUUCCGGCGUGGAGAACGUGGAAAAGAUCGCCGCGGUCGAUGGUAUCGAUGUCCUCUUCAUCGGUCCCUUUGAUCUUGCAAAGCAGAUGAACGUGACUCGUGGCGGCGAGGAGCAUGAAGCGGCAAUUCAGCGGAUUCUCAGCGCUGCUCACAACGCUGGCAAAAAGGCCGCCAUCUUCUGUACCGAUGGUUCCGAUGCGCGUAAUCGGGCGCAGCAGGGUUUCGAUAUGAUUUCGGUUAAUACGGAUGUGGGUGUUAUUCGGACGGGGAUGCUGAAUGAGCUCAAGACGGCUACUGGGGAAGGUGUGCAAGCAAGUUCGCGCCAGGGCUAUUAG